GAAAAAAAAGAGAAACUGAGAUCAUUGGAUCAUUUGUUGGGCGUUACUCCGAUUUGUCUGGCAGGGAUCUAAUUAGAAUAAAACGUAUCAUCACUCUCGCCCUUUCGGCAGGUUUCCAGCAAGACCUUGUCCUUGGAAUAAAGUCAGCAUCAAUUAUGGCGCGCAGGAACUCCUAUAUGCUACCCGCACCUGAAUAUCAUCCCCUCCAUCUUUAUAAACCUGCAAAUCCUAAUCCUCCAUUGCAUUUCGCAGAAAGUACCAUGCUGCCUCCUACCGAGAACACUCUGUUUAAUAACACCAUGAGGCUUCCAAAUCUCCAUUCGUCUAAUUCUGGAGCAUUUUAUGGCCAGCAUCAUUACACUCUAUCAGCUUCUAGUUCCAGCCAAAGUUCGUCAUAUCCUACUCAACACGAACCUUAUCGCUACGAUCAAAAUGUUUAUGUGAAUGGCACCAACACAGUUACAUCUAAACGAAAGCACCCAAGUACUCUCUCAUCCUAUCAGAAUGACCCCAGAUAUUGCUAUACUGGUAGUAAUCUCCUGAUGAAGCCUGUAACACCGUGCUUGCAACCUCAGUUAUCCACCAGCAUCCCGCCUGGUUACCCAAGAAAUAAUUUUGUAUCGGUCGGCGAACAACAUCAGAGGAAUGUGCGAAGAAGGCUUGGCAAUGCUCCUUUUAACCCAUCAUGGCAAUCUUCGAGCAGUCCAUCCCAUCAAAUAUACACAUCGGUGAAUAAUUCCUCUUCAAAUGCGGUUGCGCAAUGGGAACUUCAACCUCUACAUGGAACUCAUGCUCGUCUGAUUCAUCCUACUGCUACUGCUGCAGGUGCUGCUUACCCGACUUUUAUUAUGAAUCAUUCUGCUGUUGGAAAUUCUAUCACUGGUGGCAACACAAACAAUCAUGGCGUUUUAUUCUGGAAUCCAAAUUCUAUAUUACCCAAUUACCGUUCUUCUCCACCAGUAGGGCCAUGGACAAGUCCCAGCAGAUACAACCACAGACAAAGUUCUACUUAUGUUUUCAAUGAUUCCACACCUUCUGUAACUGGAUCUGUUUCAUUUUCUCAAAACCCAAGGCCGAUAAUUCGCAACGGUGUCCUGGGAAUCUCUAACGGAGCUCAACCUUCGUUCGGCGAGAAUGAACUCUUUCGAUUGGCUUCUGUGGAUUCCGCCAUGCUUGAUGUGCCGAGCUAUUUGACUUCGCUGGAUUUGUACGACGAGCAUAGGGACUUGCGCCUGGACAUUGAUGGCAUGAGCUAUGAGGAGCUGCUUGCUUUAGAAGAUAGGAUUGGGAAAGUCAAUAUUGGCUUAACAGAAAAACAGGUUUCCUCGUGCUUAACAAAAACAACUUACUGCUCAUCAGCACCAGAGGAUCAAUUUGAAUCUGGAUGCACAAUAUGCCUGGAAGAGUACAAAGAUAAAGAUGAUCUUGGAAUGAUGAGAUGCCUUCAUGUUUAUCAUCUCAGCUGCAUCAAUGACUGGCUGAGGAUAAAGAAUGCCUGUCCUAUUUGUAAAGCUCCUGCACUAAAAGAUAUGCCCUGAAGCAAAAAAUGAAGCUUUUUCUUUUCUUUUAUUAUUAUUAUUAUUAUUUUCUGAUUUAAGUGGCUCAAGCAGUUUGUUUAGAUAUUGUUUACCUUUGCAAAAAGUAUAAAUCUGGUUUUUGUUCCUGUAAUUAAGUUGUUUAGCUGACAUGAUGUUCCAAAGUGUUUGGUGUAGCUAUU